CACACACGUACACAGACGUAGUACAUAUUUUUUCCCGUUCCUUCGACCGCUUCAGUGCUGUAUAUGCUCUCGCUACGUUUGUUGUGUGUGUUUGUUGCGUGCGUCCCGAGCAUUUUGUGUUGCGAUUUUAAUUUUUCAUCCGUUCGUCUCCGUGUAAAAACAUCAUGACGUACGUCGUCGUUAGUGUUUCAACGCGUUUCUGACACGGUCGUCCAUACUGAGCCGACAUAUCGUUAAACCAAAGCGGCUUAAAGCCGAUCCGCUCUCACGUCUAUUGUGAUUACAGUGUCUAUGUCAGGCCCAUUCAGCACUAUCAUGGACGACUUGGGCGGCUUCACCGAAGUGCCCAUCUCGUACCGCCACAUCUCGCGUUUUCAACCGUACCGAGUGCAGCCUUAUCAAGCGAACAUACCAUUGCCAUCGGCUCGAAAAGUCAAAUCGGCCACUACGGCGGUAGAAAAACGGACUGUGGCAGGUGGCUGCCAGUACGACGACAGCCGACCCACGCACGUGCACAGGCUGUACCCCGAAAUACUGGCGUUAAUUUUCAGUUACCUAGACGUACCAGAUAAGGGUCGUGCAGCCCAAGUAUGUACAGCAUGGCGGGAAGCCGCGUGGUAUAAAUCUGUAUGGCGAGGUGUCGAGGCCAAAAUCGACAUGUGCCGAUCUUCGUAUCCUAUGUACGAAAGCCUAAAACAGCGUGGCAUCAAACGAAUUCAAGUGCUGUCCGUGUCCAGGUACAAGUGCCUUCGAGAAAUCGUCCAAAACGUGCCUAACCUCGUGUCGUUAAAUAUGAGUGGUUGUUAUCAUAUUAAGGACGACGAUCUACACCAGAUGUUUCUGGAACACCAUCCCAACGUAACAGAACUGAAUUUGUCACUGUGUAAGCAGUUGACAGACAGUGGUCUAAUACGUAUCGCUGAUACGCUAAGAGGCCUUACUCGACUGGAGAUCCAAGGAUGCUCAUACAUAACCAACAAAGGUUUCUCACACAUAGCUAGAAAAUUGAAGAAACUCAAGUAUCUUAACUUAAGGUCGUGUUGGCAUUUAUCAGAUGUUGGAUUGUCGCACAUCAGUGGUGCCAGUAAAGAUACGACUGAUGGUAACUCACAACUUGAGUUUCUUGGACUACAAGACUGCCAGCAUAUAACAGACGAAGGCCUUAAGUAUGUGUCUGAAGGUUUACGUAGUUUACAAAGCCUCAACCUAAGCUUCUGUGUAAAUAUAACUGACACGGGUCUCAACUAUGUGUCACGUAUGAAUACCCUUGAAGAAUUAAAUUUAAGUGCAUGCGAUAACAUAUCCGAUAUUGGAAUUGGUUAUUUGUCAGAAGGUUGCACAAAACUAGGUAGUUUAAAUGUUUCCUUUUGCGAUAAAAUCGGGGAUCAAGCAUUAUUGCACGUAUCUCAUGGAUUAUUUGGACUGCAUACCUUUUCUUUAGGAUCAUGUCAAAUUUCUGAUGACGGCAUGAUGUACAUAUCCAAGUCGCUCAAAAACUUGGAAGUACUCAAUAUUGGUCAGUGCAACUCCGUGACUGAUAAAGGCCUCGAACACCUAGCUGAUUCAUGCAAGCUUCUGCGGUCUAUUGAUCUCUAUGGAUGCACAAAGAUCACUAAAGAAGCCAAAGAAAAAAUAUUGAAGAUGCCAAAUAUCAGGAGGGAUACAGUUAAUGAAGACUUGUGGCAACUUAGAUGACCCAAGGGAUAACUUGUUUUUAAACAUUUUGAAAUGUGAUAUAUUUUUAUUUUAGGUAAGUUAGUAAUGUAUUAUGUUUUGUUAAAAAUAUUUGGCUUUGCCAUGAUAUCUAUUUAGUAACGACUAAAUAAAUUAUUUUAUUUUUUACUCAUUAUAUAACUUUUUUCUUAACCUUCCCAUUGUUCUCUUUGUAUGACAUUAUUUCCCCUAAUCCCCAUUUAAUUAAAGACAUACCAAGUAUUUUAAAUUAUUUUAUUAUUUAAUAUCUAUAUCUUAUAAAGAUAAACAACCCACUUGUGUACAUCAAACUUAGCUAAUUCAACUUUUAUUUUAUAAUAUGUUUGUUGUUUGUAUUUUUUAUUCGACCUUACGUAUCAUUUAAAGAUAAUUAUAUUUACACCUAGCUUGUUUAUAAUUACACAUUUUGUUAAUUUUAUUAAGUUUGGAUUAUUCAUUAAUUUUUCAUUUUGUUUUAAAACUUUUAGUUUUGGACAUGGUCUAUAUAAUAACUAAUAAUUAUUAAAACCAUAAUUGUGAUAAUUUUUUAAAUGCUCAUAUCUACCUAGAAAUUGAUAAAUCUUUUUAUUUAUUAGCAAGCUAAAAACUUAUGAUUAUUUUUAAACUUAUUAUCCAAACAUUUUUUUUUACUCAAGCUCAAUUAAGAUCAGACAAUCUAUAUAUUAUAUUAUUUUUGAUUUGAACUUAUAAAUAAAACUUAAAUUUACCAAUAGCUUUUUUAGGUUUUUUUUCAUGUUAAUUUUUAUUUUGUUUAACAGCACUAGCAGUUCAUUAUUUGUUGAAUGAAUCAUUUUUUAUUGUUUGUAUAAAAAUUAUGUUAAAAUGUAACUGAUAUAGAUAAAUAUUUUACUAAGACCUUUGUUAUUUUUUUGUUGCAUAACAUUUAGAAUAAAACUUUUUUUUUGCUCAAUGUGUUGAACCAAAUUGAUUGGUUUUAUUAUAAUAAUUAUAUUAUUUUAUAAUGUGAUUAAUAUUCACAUGUACUAAAGAAAUAUAUGCAAUUUGACAAAUAUUUUUCUAGUUACCACUCGCAAGGUGAUCUAGAUGGAAGUCGAGUAAUUACAAACAUUGUAGAAUUAUUGUCAUGAAAAAUUUUGUACAUAAAAUAUUUUUGUUAUAAAUUUAUAUAUAUUUAAGAACAAAAAUUAUACCUUUUAAACAUGGUUUUUA